AUGGAUCAGGAGCAAGUUGAGGAAGAUAUCUUAUUGCGUGAUUUGGUCCCACUAAGAGAGGGACAAGCGAGGGGGACCGUUGACCCACCUUUUCAGAUAAAUAGGGAGCAGUUGAGGUUAGCCGUUCAGGAGGCUAUUUUUAAUGCAUAUCGACCGACAGGUGCGUCAUCGACACAGUUUGUGCCACCACCGGCACCACCACCACCUCCAAAGAAAAAUGAGUUAGAUGAUACUCUUUACCACAUUGCAAAAUUUGUGAAGUUGAUGCCAACUCUGUUUGAGGGUGGUCCAGAUCCGCUUGUUGUGGAUAGUUUCAUGGAUAGGGUGGAGAAGCAUAUUAAUGCCAUGAAUUUGGCAACGGACAAGUUGAAGAUUACAGUGGCUACUUACAAUUUUGUGGGCGAUGCUGAGAUUUGGUGGAAGACCGUUUCUCACACCCAUAAUCUGGAUACUAUGACAUAUGCUACUUUUAAGAAGUUGUACUAUGAGAAGUACUUUCCGGGGCCUAAGCGGAGGGAACUAAAGAAGGAGUUUGAUGAGUUGAAGCAAGGAAGCAUGACAGUUACAGAGUAUGAGAAUAAGUUUACAUCGCUUUUGAGGUUUGCACCGGGGAUUACUAAUGAUGAGGAAGGAAAGAUAGAGAAGUUUGUUGAUGGUCUUAAUCCCACCAUCAGGCCAAUUGUAGCUACCUCAGAACCGACAGAGUAUGCAAAAGCAGUGCGAAAGGCCUUAGUAGUUGAGGCUGAAAGCAGGGACAGUAAGGCUAUCAGGGAAUCCUACAAGCACAACAGGGGUAUGAGUGCUUUCUCCGAGGGUCAAUCAAGUAAGAAGCAGAAGCAUGAGCAAUCAGGGUUCGAAGGACAGCAGCCAGUCAGAUCCGCCCCCACAGCUUCAGUGUCCAUGGGGUCUACUACACCGAAUGUUACUUGUUUUAGAUGCGGACAGCUGGGACAUUACAAAUCCCAAUGCACUCAGACACAGGUAGCUCAAAUGAUUUGUUUCAAGUGUGGGCAGCCAGGGCAUCACAAGUCUCAGUAUACUCAGAUUCAGGUGGCAUCUGGUGGAUAUUUCGGGUGUGGCCAGCAGGGCCAUAGGGUGAAAGAUUGUCCACAGCGGGGCAGUGGUUUGGGCAGAGGUGGAGGUUCACAGUAG